AUGACGACUGAUCAAAACUCUGAAGAAUUGGCUAGAGUGUUGCUUUCAAAAGCAACUGAAAAUCCCUGGCUGAUUCCUUCAAUAGUAAAUCCCGCUCUUCAAGGAGAAAUUUUACUUCACAUACUUAAAAACUGGAGAUCGUAUAAUUCAAAAGAAAAGCUAGCAAUAUUAUUUCUAAUUUUCUGCAUAAAAAGAAGUACUGUAACAACAUUAGAAAAAGAUAUAUCAGAUAUAAUUUUAGAAGGUUCUAAUGAUUUGGAUGAAUGGGUUCGUCUUGUAUCAAAAAUGAUGAUUGAUUAUCCUAAAACAGGCGUACUUGACCUGGCUGUCGAAAAAUACCUUCCUGAAGACAUACGAAAUGGUUUAAAACAAUUGAUCGACAAAAUAGGGAAUAAAGAAAUCAAAUUUCAUCCUGUGGAAUAUGCGUUCAUGGACAGAAAUGUCUGUGAUUCAUUUUCUAUGAUAUCAAAAGAUUCAGAAUCUGAGACAUUCAAGCCAACACCAGCACCAACACCGCCAUCACCUUAUUUUAUUUUAAGACCGGAUUAUGAGAUAUCCAGAGAACAACGAUUAAAUGUAUUAAAUAAUUUGCCAACUGUUCCGAUGUCACCAGGAUUAAUUUCACCAAUAAGCACUACAGGAUUUUUUAAUAUGGAUUCAAAUCGCGCACACACAUUACAAAAUAUCCCUCAGAAUACAAUGGUUAAUCGACAAACACCGUCUCAACAUCCCUCUUUAACACGAAGAUUAUCUCACCCAUACCCAAGAACUAAUCCUUCGCUCCCUGGUCCAAUAAAUACUUCCAGAGGAUUUACUAACGGACCUUCGGGAGCAGAAUCACCAACAGAAAUCAAAAUAACUCAAGGAAAGAAAUAUCAAAAAGAAACAAGGAUUCAGAUUCUAGAUAUAACAACUGGAAGCUCAAUUAUUAGAAAUCAAGAAGAAACUAAACUUAAAACACAAUUGGAGGAGGUGCAAUUGAAAGAACAACCUAGGUUAGCAAAAGAAAGAGAAAAACAAGAAAGAGCAACUGCAAAAGUCGAGGCAAUGGUAGCAGCAGCAAGAACUGAGACGUCUUCUACCAGUACAUCUACAGCUUCUGAAACAGCAAAACGGCAAGGUUCUUCUGGUUACCCUAAAAGGAAGAAGUUAAAUGACGAAACAGAAGAAAUGGGCAUGGAAGAAAUAAUCACUGAAGGUGAAAAUUCCCACAAAGAUACACAAAUAAUGUUCAGCUCACCCAAAUCACCAUUAUCACCGUCGGGUAUAUCUAAUGACCCUCAAAUAAAACAAUCGCCGACCUCACCAAUUAAUGAAAAUGUAGACGAAAAGGUGAUGCAAGAUAUUUUAGAAGAUAAUAAUAAUUCACAAAAUAUUGAUUUAUCAAGUUUAAACAUAAGAUUACCACAAAGGAUCAUAGAAAUAUUGGAUAGCAAAACUAAAGAAGAACGACAACAAACUAUAGAACAUAUAUAUAAAGUAUUGGAGAAAGCAAAUAUGCUUGAUGAGCAAAACAGGGAGUUAAUUAUUUAUUUCUUAGCUGAUCUACAUAAUGAAGUAAAAGGUCAAUUAAUAAAUAUUUCGGAUGGAAUUUCUGGUCCUGAUGAUGAUACAAGGAGGUUGGAUUUGAAUGUAGAAAGGAUUACUCGUUAUGAUGAAGGAAAAGAAAUCCAUGAAAUAUUUAUUUUCGAGAUGAAUUUAGCUGAUGGUACGUGGAGAAAACUUAAGAAAACAAAGACUAAAUUAGUAAAAAAUAAAAUCAUGUAUAAUUUGAUUACAUCACAUAUGAUCAAACAUUACAAAUUUGAUAAGCAAAAGAAACUUAGACUUGAAAAAUCGCUUAAAACUUAUUCAUUAAGAUUUAUUGUGUCAUAUUUCCGUACUACUACUUCUUCUUCACUGUACCAACCAUUACCACCUUUGCCAACAAAUAUGUCAAAUCAUCAUUCUUCCACCACUUCUUCUUCAUAUUCCACUAUUAUGGCCUCACCAUACACACGUGCCAUGUCGAACUAUCCAUUAAAUUCAACAGCAACUGCCUUUGCUUCUGGCUCUAGUACACGAUCUGCUUAUACUUAUUCUCAGACUGCAUCUUCAGACAUAAAUUCAUAUAAAGAUAUUCACAAAAAUAAGCAAUCUAAAUCAAUACCUGUAAAACCAAAACUUCCUAACUACUUGGUUGAGACAAGUUUUGCUGAUUUGUAUAAUGAAGCUGAACCUGAGGCAUUUGCUAAUAACGAUUCUGAUAAACUUUCUUUUGAGGCUCUCGCUUUGCCUACAGCUUGGAAUGUUGAAGAUAAAUGUAAUCAUUUGAACGUGGAAGAAAAUAAACUUAAAGUAAAUUAUACAGGCAGUGGUAAAAGUGAUUCAGAUGCCGCAGCAAUAAGAGCAAAUCAUCCAAUACCUCCCCAAUGUGGAUUAUUUUAUUUUGAAGUAGAAAUUAUAAACAAAGGAAAAGAUGGCUAUAUUGGCAUUGGGUUCUGUACAAAAUCUGUUGCUUUAAAUAGAUUGCCAG